AUGGCGGGAUAUGAGAAGGCGCGACGCCAACUUCGGUCCCGUGCAGGCGGCAAGCGGGUCGAGGCCGGCAUCGUUAUUCUUUUCACCGCCGUUUUAUAUGUUGUUUCGUCAAAGCUGAUCGCGUAUAUCCCUACAAUCCUCGCAUCGGGGCUGGUUCUCUUCCUAGGCAUCGAGCUCACCCUUGAGGCUGUCUUGGAAUCGGCAAAAUAUUUUGUGUGGAGCGAGUGGCUAGUUGUAAUAGCUACCCUAUUUUCGUGCACGUUCAUUGGGUUUGCGCCCGGUGUUGGCGUUCGAAUCUGUACUGCAUUCGUGGUGUACACCGGAUGGGGAUGCUUUGAUCUGGUAGGCUUUGAUUUCCCAAUUCUAUUCACAUUGUUUCGAGACCCAAACGCUAAUUUAUUUAAGCGUGCAAAAAAGAUUCAUUUCGCCGGCCAAAGAAGCACUUUAGCUCAACAGCAGGGUUACAGAAGAUUCCAUCAAGGAGUUGAUCCUCGAUCGUUGGAUCUUGCGACUCGGUACUCCCGAGUUCCCGACUCGACUUCGGCCUGUGAAGAGGGUACGCCAUAUGAAGAUGCCGUUGGCGAGGAGAUCUAUAUCAAAGUCGUUAGACUUAAUGGCUAUGUCUUCUUCGGCGUCAUUCCCUCCAUUGAAAGUGCGAUCACGAAUACCCCGUCUGGUAGUAGCACUCAGCAGUAUAUUAUCGUUGACAUGGAGUCUGCUUAUCGUGUGGAGACGGCUGCAGCAAGGCUCAUUAAAACUAAGGCUCGUGACACAUUUAGGACGACCCUUGUGGCCCGCGGUUUUGAUAAGACAUCUGGAGUAGCAGCGGACUUGAAGAGAUCAGGCGUUGAGCUAUCAUUCAUGCAUGAUGGACUCAAUGAACCUGAAGACUCAAUUCUGGCAUUUGAUGAUUGUGAUGUUGCGUGGGAGUGGUGUAAGUUGGACAGGGCCCAUCGUGCUCAAACAGACGGCAUAUCAUAUGAGCUCAGUCAAAACAAAGUCAAGGCGCUUGCCGCCCGCCAGUUCCUGACCUUGCUCGGAGAGGCUGAACACUCUGAAAGCUCACAUUGGGAUGCUGUCUCUUCUUGGCCCAAGUCUGACACGAAAGUACGCGUUUUCGCACCCAAGUUCAGGAUCCCCCGCCCUGUCCCAGGGCCUAACACCAUUCACCUCCUUUGCGUUGUCUCUGGCACUUUGAAGUUUGUCUGUCCCGAGGAGAAAGUGAUUCAAGAGCUACCUGUAGCCCACACGAGACCUACACCCGCACGAUAUAACCGAGACUCGUUACUGCGCACCUUGACAGGCACAGUACGCUACAUGACUGCACUGGCAGUGCAGUGGACGGAAGAACGGGUUGGAAAAGGAGAGCGACGACAGGGAGCAAUCUCAUCGAGCUCAACAGCUCCCGAUGGCAGUGAUACAUAUAUGGAUAACGAAUUUUCCGAUGGAAAGAGGGCCGUCGCAGGCGAUGUGAUCUACAUUCCAUCGCCCUUGUCGGAGAAGACACCGUUACCCUCGCUGGUUGAGUCAUCUGCUUCACGCUUCAAAAGGUGGCACGAGAGCUGUCCGGAAAUGGUGGUUUGUGAUAGCACCUCCCAGUACACGACUGGAGACAGUGGAAGUAUCAGCGGCGAUGGUUCGGACCCAUGGAUUGUUGAGAUUGUCACCUCUGAGGACUCGCUAUCAUCGCAAACGAUAGAAGAUGCCUGUGCACAUGCUCUUCGUCGCACUGUGUCUCUAUUGAAGGCUGACAAUGAAAAAAACUGA